ACACUGCACACCAUGGAUGGAUUCAGCUUCGAUGUCUCGUCUCUACCCUACUCCUGUUGCAUUGAAAGAAGGUCGAGAACCCAAGACCUUCUUUCAAUUGAUGGUAGCAGAGCUAAUCAAUUGUUCUCAUCUUCUAACGGAACCAAUCAGCCAAUGUUUUUUAUACGGAGAAGCAUUGAGAAAGUUGAAGAAGAUUUCAUUUCAUGGCUGAGCUUAUCUUUGCGGAAACCCUAAUUAAUUUCAGAGGACCCAGAUGAGCAGAAGACGGAAAUGUCUAUUUCAACAACGCCAACGUGGCUGUAUAGAUGAUAAGGCGGUUCUACUUGACGGUAAUGGAUUAGGGGCAUGCUCGCAGCUCAACCCCCCUCCCUUUCCCUUCCUACUUCCUGCCCACACGGCCAAACUGACUUAGCAGCGAAAUCGGCGGCCACAGGUAACACUGAAUUGAAUUGAAGCGUUCUAAUGGCGGCCUCGACAGCUUCAAUCUUCUCCUCAACGUUGCAGCCUCUGUACGCUGUCCGGUCUGUGUCUAGUUGCAACGCUGGUCCAUCUGUAUCUAACACUAAUCCAAGUAAUUUCACGGGCGCUCCCUUGCGGCUGUAUCUUCGAAAACAGAAAGUUGUCAAGAUAACUAGGGAAGUAAGGGCUGCCGCUGUUGCAACUUCUGUUGUGGAGGAAAUCAAAGAGUAUUCACUUUCAACAUGGGCAGAAUUUGACCUUGGAAGUGCUCCUAUCUUCUGGAAAACCACGAAUGGACUUCCUCCUGCUUCUGGAGAAAAGCUAACACUCUUCUACAACCCUGCUGCAAAUAAACUUACUCCAAGUGAAGAGUUUGGAAUUGGAUUUAACGGGGGAUUUAAUCAGCCCAUCAUGUGUGGUGGUGAGCCUCGGAUGAUGCUCAGGAAUAACCGGGGAAAAGCUGAUCCUCCCAUAUAUAGCAUCAAGAUAUGUGUUCCUAAGCAUGCUGUGAACUUGAUCUUCUCAUUUACAAAUGGAACCGAAUGGGAUGGUCCCUACAAAUUGCAAUUUCAAGUUCCCAAGGCAUGGCGAAACAAACGAAUCGAUUUUUUUAAUGAGGGUCUAGCCAAUGAAUUGGGCAAAGAGGGUGCCUGCGACAGAGCAAUCUUUCCAGACUCGAACAUUGUUUCCAAUCGCUGUGCAAUGAUUGGAAACUUGACAGUCGAAGGGGGAGAUCGCUGCAAUCUGGACUUCGUAGUAGGAUGCACAGAUCCAAGCUCACCCUCCUUUAAUCCAUUGGCUAAUGUUGAUGAUGGAUCAUGUCCAAUAGAUUCAGACACUGAGGAAUAGAAUUCUUGGCAGCCUUUCUUCCAGGUUCCCACUUAUAUCACUGUAUCAUAACAUGUUUCUUAACUUUUUUUUUUGUAACAUAUGUAGCAAGAAGCAGGAGUAACUCUCCCUGUAAUGAUAAUCACAAUGGUAUUUUAUGGAGCUUGUCUCGAUUAUCAGCUAACAAA